AUGAGGAAGCGUCAAGUGGUGUUGAGGAGAGCAUCGCCGGAGGAACCUUCUAGAAGCUCCUCCACAGCUUCGUCUCGGACAGUGAGAGGUGUGAGAUACGGCGAGUGUCAGAAGAACCAAGCGGCCGCAGUUGGAGGCUACGCCGUCGACGGCUGCCGUGAGUUCAUGGCAAGCAACGGAGAGGAAGGUACGGUGGUAGCGCUAACUUGCGCCGCCUGUGGCUGCCACCGCAGUUUCCACCGCAGAGAAAUCGUAACGGAGGUUGUUUGCGACUGUGAUUCACCUCCCUCGACUGGGAACUAG